AAGCGUAGCGGUUGUUGCUGAGCCCCGCGUGUAGGCGACAGCAGAGCAGGGUGACAGGAGCCCAAAGGGCAGGGGCAGGUCGCGAGGCCGCUAUGGCUGGGAGUCAGGAUAUGUUCGACGCCAUCGUGAUGGCGGAUGAGAGGUUUCACGGGCAAGGCUAUCAGGAAGGUUACGAAGAAGGCAGUAGUUUGGGUAUAAUUGAAGGAAGACAGCAUGGUGCACUUCACGGAGCCAAAAUCGGAUCUGAGAUUGGGUGCUAUCAAGGUUUUGCCUUUGCAUGGAAAUAUCUUUUGCUCAGUUACACCACCAAGAAAGACAGCAAAAAGAUGAAGGUCUUAGAAUCGUUGAUUGGAAUGAUUCAGAAAUUCCCUUAUGACGACCCUACUUACGAUAAACUCCAUGAAGACUUAGACAAAAUUAGAGGGAAGUUUAAACAGCUUUGUUCAUUACUAAAUGUUCAGCCGGACUUUAAAAUUAGCACGGAAGGUUCUGGACUCUCAUUUUGAGGAUGACAGAUGAACAAAGACGAAACUGGGGAGUCGCUGUGGCCUUACUGAGCCCCCCUGUGUGUCAGGCCCUGUGGCACAUGCCUCUGCCCAGGCUUGACUUAGUCACUUCAGGGGCCCACUCAACAAACGAGGAGGCUGAGACGCAGGGGGAUCGGCUGGUGCAGAGCUUGAUUUCCCAUGUCCAGACCAGGGUGAUAACGCCGCCGCCUCUGGGACAAUGCACAGGCCGGCACGGCACGCAUUCCAGAUGGCACUGGGGAGAGUCUGGUUCCUGCUGUGCUUGGUGGCGCUCACGGGAGUCCAGUGCGGCCAGUUAUUUGGACAUCGCUGAGAGGACGAGGCCAGCCUGGCCCGAGGGAGCCUGCAGCAGCCCUUCACACCUGUCCUUUAAAACACGGUCAAGCCCGAGACUACUGCCCUGAGAGGAUCUUUAAACCUUAAACCAAAAAUACCCUCUGAAGUCAUCUUAAAACCAAACAGUAGUUUAGCUUAACUAGUAAAGAAUGACUGCCUUGAGCAUUAUGUUGUUUUGAGAUCUAUAUGGGAUCAGGUUGACAACAGCAGCUCGAAAGGUUAGAUGGGAACCUCAGAGGGCAGUGAGUGUGUGUUCCUGGGGGAGGAAUAGCUUGGAAAAGGAGGGUGAGAAUUGUUGCACAAACAGAGAAAUGUGAUCAGUGUCACUGAAUUGUACAUGUCGGAAUUGUUGAAUUGGUGUAUGUUCUGCUGUGUGUAUUCUCAACAACAACCACGAAUUUAAAAAAAAAGAACGUGGCUAAGGGAGAAAGAUUUUGAGUCCAAGACUGAAUGUUAGGUGCUGUUGCAAGGCAGAAGCUCUUGGGUUUGGGACCCUGGCUUCUCCCUUUCUAUGAGCGCUCUUGUGUUUGUAUUGAAAGGCACCUGUCUGCAGUGAGGGACAGGUGAGCUGGACGGUUUGCUCCACCCUCCACGAGUUCAGGGGCCAUCCCCAGGGCCACCUGCUACUCUGCGCAUGGCCCUCCUCGCCUCUCCCGUCCGAGAGCCUGUCUGAAAGCAC